CACUAUUUUUUCUGCUGCUAGAGGAAGUCACAUCCCGAGCAGUAGCUCAGCUCUCUGCGAAGUGUUACAUGUGAGCAUUACUAGGCGUUUCGUCCUGCGGUUCUGCAGUCUUUGCUCUUCAGACUGUUGCUCAGUUGGAGUGCUCCUGUGGGGCCGAUUCUGAGGUUUUGUAUUUUCUAAGGACCUACUCGUUUGGAGGUGUCCGUGACGUUUUGCAAGAUCAUCUGAGGAACAGGAGGGCGUCUGAAAAGGGCUGCUGAGGAUAGCUGUAGCGGUUUUCACGGUGGAAGGAAACUACAUUGGCACAGAGGCAGACGACUGAAUAAAGUAGCUGGCUCAGAGAAGAUGCACAGUCUGCUGUUUCUUCCUCUGAAUGAAGACUGUUUCAUGGAAGCUGUAUUCAUGUGGAGAUCAAAGAAAACACUGGAAUGAUAAACUACGGGAGCUUUUCCCCCCAUCUCUCUCUCUCUCUCUCUUUUUUUUUUAACACGAAAAGCCUUCUGGAGCAGUAAUCUGAGCUCAGAUGCCUUCUAAUUCCUUCACAGCCUGCCUGCUCCAUUAGGAUUCUCCGCUCCACGUUCUGCUGGAGCCCGUGCCCUUCUGCUGGGGCCGCCAGACAGCCGCCUGAUGGGGGAGGACUGAAUGCGCUGCCUCUCCUGGUCUGUUGAGGGGGAUAAAGCUGACUGUUUCUUCUCGUAGAUGGGGUAUCUGGAUUCAUAAAGCUGUAUCUAGUACCAAGAGUCCCAUUGUCUCCUGGGGUCUGACUCAUCGCAUGUAAAUGCACUGCAGCGUUGCUGUUAAUGCAGAGUGCUGGGUUUUUUUCUUUCUGAAACACAGAAAGAAUUGUCACCCUCUGAGCAACAUUUUAAGAAUUUGUGUUGAGCUCUAGAUGUAUUUCUUUUUUUCUGGAUAGUAUCUGCAUUAAGCCAGUGAAGCUGAAGAAAUGAAGACAAACUAGAAGUGGAAACAGAACAGUGAGAUUUUAUUUUUUAUUUUCAGUCAUAAGCAAGCCAGCUGCUGGUAACUAUAUGACCUUGCAGGCGAGAGUGGGUCUAGCUGUAGUCAUCUCUGUCAGCGGUUGUUUCUCAUCCUGCAGCGAGUGGUGUUGUCACCCAAAACAAUGAUUUUUUUAUGCAAGUAAAUUUCUGUGAAACAGAGCAAUAUAACUAUUUUGGUAGGGGAAAAGUAUUUUUGAAUGAGCUUGUGCUGGACUCAGUUUUAGCUACUGUCGUGUUGAUGUGAAAUUUCUUUCAAGUGUUACAGGAACCCAACAGAAAAUAAUAGAAUUUUGUUGUUUGGGGGAAGUUAUAAGUUACGUCGUUAUCAUUUUAAACUUCAGUUUUUCCGAUAGUGGUUAUUAACUUUAAAAAACCAGCCACGCUAUUCAGAGAAUGAUUCUAAGUGUCGUACAGAAGAGGAGGAAAAACUACUUGUGCUCUUCGAACUGUGACUUUUAUCACACAGCUUAGAACUCAGGGUUUAAAGGAGCGAAUGAGUCGAGUGUGCAUUGUAGUUUUGGAGGAGGUAGAAGAUGAGUCUCCUGCAUUCGUUUCUGAGUUGCCACGGGAAAGUAAAUCCCUGCCUUCUCCACCUCUGGGAAAUGUAUUGCCAUCACUGGUGCAAGCUAUAUUUAAUGGAGAUCCUGAUGAAGUCCGAGCACUAAUAUUUAAGAAAGAAGAUGUUAACUUUCAGGACAAUGAAAAGAGAACUCCACUGCAUGCUGCUGCCUAUCUUGGAGAUGCAGAAAUCAUUGAAUUGCUUAUUUUAUCUGGAGCUAGAGUUAAUGCCAAAGACAGCAAAUGGUUGACACCUUUACACAGAGCAGUUGCAUCUUGUAGUGAGGAAGCAGUUCAGGUACUUUUGAAGCAUUCUGCAGAUGUGAACGCUCGAGACAAAAACUGGCAAACCCCUUUACACAUAGCAGCUGCUAAUAAAGCUGUCAAGUGCGCGGAAGCUUUGGUGCCCCUGCUGAGUAACGUAAACGUGUCCGAUCGAGCAGGGAGGACUGCACUGCAUCAUGCAGCUUUCAGCGGACACGGAGAGAUGGUCAAACUGCUCCUGUCUAGAGGUGCCAAUAUUAAUGCUUUUGACAAGAAAGAUAGACGUGCUAUCCAUUGGGCAGCAUAUAUGGGUCACAUUGAAGUGGUGAAGUUACUUGUGGCACAUGGCGCUGAGGUGACGUGCAAGGAUAAGAAGUCGUACACGCCCCUGCACGCCGCAGCCUCCAGCGGGAUGAUCAGCGUCGUCAAGUACCUUCUAGACCUGGGGGUUGAUAUGAACGAACCAAAUGCCUAUGGAAACACACCUCUUCAUGUCGCCUGCUACAAUGGGCAGGACGUUGUCGUGAAUGAACUUAUAGACUGUGGUGCUAACGUCAAUCAGAAGAACGAGAAAGGGUUUACUCCUUUGCACUUUGCUGCUGCAUCAACUCAUGGAGCACUGUGUUUAGAGCUUCUAGUAGGCAAUGGGGCCGAUGUCAAUAUGAAGAGCAAAGAUGGGAAAACCCCACUGCACAUGACUGCCCUCCACGGUAGAUUCUCCAGAUCCCAAACCAUUAUCCAGAGUGGCGCUGUGAUCGACUGUGAGGAUAAGAACGGAAACACCCCUUUGCACAUAGCAGCGAGGUACGGCCAUGAGCUGCUCAUCAACACGCUUAUUACAAGUGGUGCUGACACUGCAAAGCGUGGCAUACAUGGAAUGUUCCCCCUCCAUUUGGCAGCCUUAAGUGGUUUCUCAGAUUGCUGUAGGAAACUUCUUUCUUCUGGAUUUGAUAUAGAUACUCCAGAUGAUUUUGGCAGGACCUGUCUCCAUGCAGCUGCAGCUGGAGGGAAUUUGGAGUGCCUCAACCUUCUGCUGAAUACUGGUGCAGACUUCAACAAAAAGGACAAAUUUGGGAGGUCUCCGCUGCACUAUGCUGCUGCCAACUGCAAUUACCAGUGCCUGUUUGCUCUUGUGGGGUCGGGAGCAAGUGUGAAUGACCUUGAUGAAAGAGGAUGCACGCCCCUGCACUACGCGGCCACGUCAGACACAGACGGCAAGUGCCUGGAAUACUUACUAAGAAACGACGCAAAUCCAGGGAUCCGGGACAAGCAGGGGUACAAUGCAGUCCACUACUCAGCCGCGUACGGCCACCGCCUGUGUCUUCAGCUGAUUGCAAGUGAAACUCCUCUAGACGUAUUAAUGGAAACCUCUGGCACAGACAUGCUGAAUGACUCAGACAAUAGAGCAACAAUAAGCCCUUUGCACUUGGCCGCCUAUCACGGUCACCACCAAGCCCUGGAAGUGUUGGUGCAGUCUCUGUUAGAUCUGGACGUGAGAAACAGCAGUGGAAGAACGCCCUUGGACCUCGCAGCUUUUAAGGGCCACGUGGAAUGCGUGGAUGUCCUCAUCAACCAGGGAGCCUCGAUCUUAGUGAAAGACUACAUUCUGAAGCGAACACCUAUCCAUGCGGCCGCAACAAAUGGUCAUUCGGAAUGCUUACGGCUACUGAUAGGAAAUGCAGAACCACAGAAUGCAGUAGACAUUCAAGAUGGGAACGGACAGACCCCGCUGAUGCUGUCUGUUCUCAACGGGCACACGGACUGCGUCUACUCACUGCUGAACAAAGGAGCCAGCGUGGAUGCCAAAGACAAAUGGGGAAGGACGGCCCUGCACAGAGGGGCAGUCACCGGCCACGAGGAGUGCGUGGACGCGUUACUUCAGCAUGGUGCUAAGUGCUUGUUCCGAGACAGCAGGGGCCGGACACCCAUACACUUGUCAGCCGCCUGCGGGCACAUCGGAGUGCUUGGGGCCCUGCUGCAGGCGGCGGCCAGCUCGGAGUCGAGCCCAGCCCUGGCUGACAGUCACGGCUACACGGCGCUGCACUGGGCCUGCUACAACGGUCACGAGACGUGUGUAGAGCUCCUCUUAGAGCAGGAAGUUUUCCAGAAGAUGGAAGGAAAUGCUUUCAGCCCGCUGCACUGCGCUGUGAUCAACGACAGCGAAGGCGCUGCUGAGAUGCUCAUCGACUCGCUGGGCGCCGGCAUCGUGAACGCCCCGGACGCCAAGGGGAGAACCCCGCUGCACGCGGCCGCCUUCACAGACCACGUGGAGUGCCUGCAGCUGCUGCUCAGCCACAAUGCUCAGGUCAACGCCGUGGACUCCUCGGGGAAGACCCCGCUCAUGAUGGCUGCGGAGAACGGGCAGACGAACACAGUCGAGAUGCUGGUGAGCAGUGCUAGUGCAGACCUGACUCUGCAAGACAGCAGUAAAAACACCGCGCUCCAUCUGGCUUGCGGCAAGGGUCAUGAAACUAGUGCCUUGUUAAUACUGGAAAAGAUAACAGACAGAAACCUCAUCAAUGCAACCAAUGCAGCUUUGCAAACGCCUCUGCAUGUUGCUGCCCGGAACGGGCUAACAAUGGUGGUUCAAGAACUUUUGGGGAAAGGAGCAAGUGUGCUUGCCGUAGAUGAAAACGGCUACACCCCAGCUCUGGCCUGUGCUCCCAACAAGGACGUGGCCGACUGCUUGGCCCUCAUUUUGGCCACCAUGAUGCCUGUCUCAUCCAGCAGCCCCUUGUCAUCGCUGACAUUCAACGCUAUUAACCGUUACAGCAACACCUCAAAGACGGUCAGCUUCGAGGCCUUGCCCAUCAUGAGGAGCGACCCCAGCUCCUACUGCAGUUUCAACAACGUGGGCGGGGAGCAGGAGUACCUGUACACCGACGUGGACGAGCUCAACGACUCUGACUCCGAGACCUACUGAGAGGCUGAGCCAGGGGCCCGGGGUGCUGGCGCUGUGCUUUUUCUGGAAAAAGGCACCUUCUUAUGCACGCACAGAUUCAACCUGAGAGAUCGCGGAGUAAGCGAAUGUAAGAAACAUGAUGACGUUAAGAAGAAGAGUUUUAAAGGCAAGUUUUGCAAAAGGAACUUCUGGAAUCUUGAAAUCGACUUGACCAAGGACACCCCGCCGUCGAGAUGCUCGGUGGGAUUGUGCGAUUCGGUCUUGCAGUGCCAGGAGUGAUCUGGGACACUGCACCCUAGUCUGCUUACACAAGCAACACUAUGGUAAAAGAGGAGAUCAGGACACUAGAUUUAACCUUUACCAGUAAAACGACAAACUUAAGGGCAAUAAAAGUUUGGUACAGUAGGCAUUACUGCACAGCAAGUUGCCAAAGGACCAAAUAACUUGAAGGUUUUUAAUAGAACGCCACUUGCGGAAGCAGAGCGGGUGAAAUGAGACAUUAUCUAAACCAAACUUUAAUAUUUCUGAAAAUGAAGCUGAGAUUUGGUUUUAAAUGUUGAUUUUUUUUUGUAAGAAAACAUCUGAAAGCCUUCUAAUACUGUAUUAAACCAUGAGAGAAAGCAGAUGUAUUUUUACAUUUUUUUCUUUUACAUAAAAAUUUUAAAAUUCCAACUUUUAUAAUACUAGAAUUGAAAACCAGCUGACUGGGUGCAGUCAGGGUGGAAAUAUUUGUGACGUAGACACAAGACAGGUUGGGGUCGGGCUCCUGCUGCCCAGUCGUGAGUGGUUUAGGUUUUAAAUUGAACUAUUUUUGUUUGAAAAUGUAAAGGGUUUCCUAGAAGAAAACCUCAUGAAAUCAAAAAGUAGAUUAUUUUCACCCUGUUGCAGCUAAGUGGUCCCGGGGAGUGCAGUUUCAGCCUCACUGCUCUGGAUGGUACGCCUGUGUCUCUGACAUCACCCUGUGCCUCCACAGCGGCUUGGGGGGUUUCUGUUGUCGGUGGUUGGUGAAGAACCAAAAAGAAAACUCCCUUGUUAUCCGUAAGGUAACAUCAUCGGGUGUCUUGGAAGGCACGUCCAUAUUGGGCACGGUUUACCUGAAGCGUUCAGGUCGUCUUGACACUGGAAGCAGCAUGUGUGUGACGGGCUGCGGGUGGGGAGAGAAGCAGCUGUCUGCUGAGCUGGGAGGCCGCCUUUCAGAGAACAAAAAGGGGGAAGGGCUGACGUUCAGGCUUUUAAAUACCAGUCUCCGUGGGUCUGCCUUUACUGUACCUGUCACUUUCCCGUGAAAUUGAUUUCACAUAUGUGGGAAGGAGUCUUAUAGGUCUGGGUGAAGUUCCAUGAAUUUUCACAAAAUGAUACCCAAUUUCAUUUUAUUCUUUUUGUAUUGUGAAACUGGAAAACUUUAUGACAUUGUAAAUUAUCAGCUGGUUUUUCUGAAUAUAAAGUGUGAAAACACAGAACAGUAUUUUGAUCUAUUUGAUAAUUUUGUGGGUUUUUGAAGAAUUAAUGAGCAUGUAAAUAGAAAUAGUGACUGCUUGAAUACUGUAUUGACUUGCACUCUUUCAGUACAUCAAGAUCCCUGUAUAUUUUAGAGUAUAAUAAAACACAGAUGUGAGCUGUAUUUAAUGAAUAAUGUAUUUGUAUCUGUGCAUAGUACCUAAAAAUCUAUAAAAUUUCUAGGGCAUUGACUACUAGUUUUAAGCAUUUUUUUCUAAGAUAUUUACAGAAAUUAUAAAUGUAAUCUUCCAUCUUUCCUUUAUAAUAUAAAGGAGUGAUAACAGAUCCUUCCUCCUCCUCAGUGGCAGGAAGGUGAAUUUGCAUUUUAAAGACCGCGGACUGCGUUUUCUAUUGUACCUUUUGAAACAAAAAGAAAAAACUCAAGAGGAUUCUAAAGUACGUAUCUGUGUGCUUUCUCUUUCCUUUUAGGAAUUCACUUCUGAAUUCCCUGAGGGAAUCUCCUAGAAUCUCAGAAUUGAAAGAGACCUGGGGUUCAUCACUAACUUUUAACAGAUGCAGGAGUCCCUUCUCCAAGGGUGACCUUGCCACCUUGGACACUUGCAGUGACUACCUCACCGCGCAGCCCGCCCACCGGCUGAGCCGCCCAGUCCGCAAGGCCCUCCGUGCCCGGCGCCGCAUCCUCCCUCCCGGACCGGUACCUGCCGCCCGUCCGGGGCCGGCUCUGCCCUCCAGGAGAACGCCCAGGACUCACGCCCUCUGCCACACCUUCUCUUUUACAGGCCGUGCGACUCGUCUGCGGAAGUGAUUUCCAGAAGGACGCAUGAGACACACUGUUAGAUGGACCACAUCUAACCAGAUCCAAGGUGUAGCUAUAAAGUAACAAGUGUUUUUAAUUUAGCCUCCCACGUCCCAGAAUUUAGAUCUUGCACCACUUUAUGUAAAAGAUGCCGUGACUGAAAAUACCUGUGGUGCGGUGGUUCUUCCCAUGGUUUGCGCACUGGGAAAGCCGUUCCAUUUCUUUGUGAUCGCGCUGUGUGAGCGUCUCCUCCCUCCCCGCCCCCCCCCGCCCCCGCUUGAACAACCGCUUCCUCCGGCCUGCCCCUGAUGAGGGGGGCCCCACAGCGCCGCCCACGCAGGGAACGGGCUGCACCAGCAUCGCGCCGCCCGCGGGCCGCCUGCGCAGGAGCGCAGCGUCGCGGUCAGCUCCUUUAUAGUUACACCUUGUCUGUCAGAAGCGGUCAGGCCCUGCUCUGCAGUGGGUUUUCCACGCACAGAAUAGAAAAGCCUGUUUGCUUUUUUAACUUCUGCAUGAAAGGCGCCGUCUGGAGUAUCUGGUGUGUGUGAGAACACCAGCUCCUCCUGCUCCAGAGCUGCCCUGCGGGCGGCGCGGGAGCAGCAGUGACCCCCUUUAACAGGACGCUCAUCUCAAACAGUGCCAUUCACUUCAGGAGAGCUCUAAGUGUAGCUGUCAAAUUGGGGUUUAAUUUGGCUAAUAUUGGACCUUUUCAACGAAAUAAAGUUUUUUAAUGCAGUAA